AUGGAACGCAGCUCAAGUCCCGUACGUGAUUGUGCCAGUCUCUCCCCAUUGGAACAUCAAAAACGCCAUGCUCUUCUUCACAAGAUCACGCAAUUUGAAACAAAAGGGGCAAUUCUGCCCAUAGAUGCACGGACAUUACGUCAUCAGCUUCACGACAGUACAAGCGGUCAAUGGAAAGCCGUGGAAAGGCGUUUACAGCAAUUGGCAUUGAAUUGGAACCCCUAUCAAGAUUGCAAGAAUUUCACGUGUCGAAAGAAGACUUUGAAAUUGAAUUUCUAUGAGCUUUUAGCACUGGAAAAGGAUGGAAAUGUCGAUACAAACGACAUUAAACGGCAGUUUCGAAAACUGGCCUUGCUGUUGCAUCCUGAUAAGAUGAGGAGGAAUUGGAAAAAGGAUGGGAAAGUGGAAGAAUUGGAUGAAAACAAGCGGCAGGAGGUGGACGUGACACAGUUUGCACGGCUGAGAUUGGCCUACGAGACGCUGAGUGAUCCGAAGAGACGUGCAGCGUACGAUCAGAAACUGCUGGAAGCUUUACAACCACAAAUUGGUCCUGUAGUGAAGGACCAAGUGAAACUAGAAACAUCGACGGACUUUGCGUCCUUGGAGUGGAUGGCACGUGUCAAACACAAGAUGGACGUAAUGGAACGGAUUGCCGAAUGGGCCAAGUUGUUGCGAAUGAAUCCAACGGAAUUACGCUUUGAGACUGGUGAGCCAUGCGCUGGAAAAAAAUGUGGUAAAAUUGUGAGCAUGGACCGAGAUUUAGAGUGCUCCGGGUCGCCACGCCGUCGUGUGUACAUUUGCUUGUUGCACAAGUACAUCCACGCAUGUGAUGAAACUUGCACAAGCUUAUUUGGUGAUGCCGAGCUGGAUCGACGUGUGUGUCCGAUGCGAGCGUAUUGGCUCAUCCAAAAUUGGCUGUUCGAUCAGUUGCAGAUUGCAACGCUUCAGCAAGAGCAAAUGCAGCAAUCGCUUAACUCAACAGCUAAUGAAAGUGAGGGUGGACAGCCUGUGCUAAAGAAAGUGAAGCACGAAGCUGAUUCCGAUCCUCCUGUUGCGCUGAAUAAAGAGACUACGGUGCCGGUGAUAUGCGGAUUCAAGCCAUCGGAAAUUUAUUUGGGCGAUCAGUACACUCGCUUUCAGGUUGAGAAGAUUGCAGAGUGUCAGAGUGACGUGUGCCGAACGAACUUCCAGUUUUUGGAAGACGGUAUAUAUGCUUGUCGUCGCCACGGAACGCCUCACAUCUGUACGUUUGAGCAGUGUGAUCGACAGGAGUUACGCAUGGGUAGUUACAUUUGCUGGGUUAGCGGUAUCGUUUACGGUCGUGAACGGGAGCAAGUGGGUACGGACGUGCGUACACGUCGCAUCGUGUAUUUAGAUGCGCAGGCUGACGAGAACUCCGUUGAAAUGGAAGUUCCUGUAAUGCUGCCGUUGGGCAAAGCAACAGGGUUUCUAUUGGAAGGAGACCCUUCUUGGCAGCACUCUAGCGAUAUGUCGUCACUAUCGCCACCGCCACCAGACGAGAAAUUGUGGAGCAAGCGGCCACGUGCGGACUCUAAUGAGCCUGCGUAUGACAAUCCAUCGCCGAGGCGCGAAGUACGAAAGAGGUUUAAGUGCGACCGAGAAACGUCACCGGUGCGCAAGCGCCUACAUGAACGGUUGACAUCGAAAAUUGAGCGUGCAAAGUCAACGUCGUUUCACAUUUUUCUCAAGCUCCCUCGUGCUGUUGCCAUCUUGCCAAAGGUAGCACUGGAGCUGGAAGAAGUUGUGGGUAGCUCAGAUGAUGAAGAGUUUGCAACCAAAACUGCUGCUACUCGUAGCAAGAAGAACUUGCUGCAGAUUUUUCUGCACGCGCGUCACACAGUGAACUACAUCAAGUACUGGGUAGAAGAGCUUACGGAGCAGCAACUAUCCGUUUGGGACCAACAGAUAUAUUGGGAUGGCACCUUAAUCGGGGAAGAGGCAGACGUGAUGGUCCUAGAAGAGCAUGGCAUAUCGGCGGGUUGCAUACUGGAACUACGCCUUCACGAUGACUGUCCAUUGCUGGUAUCUACCUGGAAUGGCAAAAGUGCAGCAUCUGGAGAUGGAGGGGGUGCUCCUGUUGAGUAUAACACUGUACAGAUUUCGAAAGAGGCGGAGGAAGAUUUGAAUGAUCUUCACGAAGAAUGGAAGAAUGUCGUAGUGGCUGAAGAGCAGGCUUUCGAGCAAUCUCGUCUUAAACAUGAGCGUGAAAAGCUGGAACUUCGUGGUGCUAUAGGCCAUACAGAAGUGCUUCGGUAUUACAACGCCAAGUCAGCACCUCGACUAGUUGGCGUAAUCCAAAAGCGAGCCAUUGGUAAUGGCACCGACGGCAUGCAAAAGCGGGAACUAUUUCCACCCAGUGUAGAUGCUAUAAGGAAAUGUGAGAAGGAGGCAGCUUUGGUGUCGAUCAGGAGCGACAUUUUGGUAAAUGAAGAGCAAGAACAAGUCCUAAAAGGGAUUGAGGCGAUGCGAUCAUUGUCGAACGACGCUCAACCAGUCAAAGGAGUCAAGAAGGCGUGGACAAAGCCAGAAAACAAGUAA